GAGAAGCAUGACCAUCUUUUCUCCACAGAGACAUUUUUGUUACAUUCAGAAAAUUGACUUUUCUUACAUGUGUUUCAUUUGAUCGCUCAGAUAACACAUCAAAGAUAGUCUUGUAUACACUGUCGGAUAAAACAGGCAACGAGCCUAAUCCAUAUGAGAGUUUCCAAGUGACAACCACCACCAGCAUUCCAAUCACUAUCACUGAAAAUGUACAGGAGCGUAAGUUCGAUAAAGUACAUGAGUCUUGUUCAUGUUGACUUCACCAUUAAUUCAGUCAAUCAAGGUUUCCAUUGAUCUCCGUGGCCAAUAUUCAAAACUAGCACAUCUGCAUCCCUCCAGUGGCUUGAUGACACAGUUGCAGUCCUCCACCUUCGAACACAGCGGCGACUCUGACUUGACGCCAUUGGAGCAGGCUCCCUUGCCCUUCCUUCAGUGCCACGUCAUCAUCAACAUCAUCCACAUUCUCUUGAUCUUCUUCAACAUCCUCAAGCCUUGAGCACCUAGUAGCCUCCUCAUACUCCUCCUCAUACUCGGCAGUUGCAUCCUGGUAUUGUUGUUACUCAACUAGCAGAUCGUUCAUGUUACUCUCAGCCUCGGUGAACUCCAUCUCAUCCAUUCCCUCUCCAGUGUACCAGUGUAAGAAAGCCUUUCGCCUGAACAUAGCAGUGAAUUUCUCACUGUCCCUCCUGAAUAUUUCCUGGAUGGAAGUUGAGUUCUCGAUAAAAGUGGAAGCCAUUGCCAAACCCUUUGGUGGGAUGUCACACACACUGGAUUUGACAUUCUUGGGAAUCCACUUAACAAAGUAUGAGGAGUUCUUUUUCUGGACAUUAAUCAUCUCUUCAUCAACUUCUUUAGUGCUCAUCUUACCACGGAACAUGGCAGAAGCUGUAAGGUAAUGUCCAUGGCGUGGAUCCGCAGCGCACAUCAUGUUUUUGGCAUCCCACAUCUGCUGUGUCAAUUCAGGAACAGUCAGAGAACGGUAUUGCUGUGAUCCUCUUGAG